AUGGCACAGGUUUCUGAACAGAGUUGGCAAGUACUAGAACAACUGAGAACACAGCAUCGUCUCCAAGACCCCAAGUAUAAUUAUUGCAGAAGGAUAAUUUCCAAGUGGAUCUUCAUAAAGGCAAUGCAGUAUGACCCAGCAAAAAUGAAUUCAAGCCCCCAGAGAGAAGGGCUCCUGCUUGAGCUUGGGGAGAGAGAAGCUCGAUUCUUACCCAUUGCUGUUUUAGCCAUUGUAGGGAUGUGCACGCGUGGAGCGGUGGCGAAGGCAAAGGAGAAGGGUCCUGCUGCCGUGUGCCAUCCCUAUACAUUCUUCAGCUCUCUUGGAGGACAGGGCCUUCAGUCAUGGCAUAAUGUCUCUAACAGCUACAAUUGGCAGGUCAGCGAGAUCUAUUGCACUUAUGAGCACAAAACAAAACACUCGUUCUACUGUCCUCCUUUCUCACUCUCUGGUGAGCGUGCCUUCCUGACAGAAAGGAAUGUAAUCAGGCAUCUUGGGGGCCGCAAGAGGCUCAGCGUCCAGCGGAAAACCAAGGAGGAUGAGAAGGACGACAAGCCCAUCCGAGCUCUGGAUGAAGAGGAUAUUGCCUUACUGAAAACUUACAGCCAGAGUACGUACUCUAGACAGAUCAAGCAGGUUGAAGAUGACAUUCAACAACUUCUCAAAAAAAUUAAUGAGCUCACUGGUAUCAAAGAGUCCGACACUGGCCUGGCUCCACCAGCCCUCUGGGACCUGGCCGCAGAUAAACAGACACUUCAGAGUGAGCAGCCGCUGCAGGUAGCGAGGUGUACGAAGAUAAUCAAUGCUGAUUCAGAGGACCCCAAGUACAUUAUCAAUGUGAAGCAGUUUGCCAAGUUUGUGGUGGAUCUCAGUGAUCAGGUGGCGCCUACUGACAUUGAGGAAGGGAGGAGAGUUGGUGUGGACAGAAAUAAAUACCAAAUUCACAUUCCACUACCUCCUAAGAUUGUCCCAACAGUUACCAUGAUGCAGGUGGAGGAGAAGCCUGACGUCACCUACAGUGAGGACGUUGGUGGCUGUAAGGAGCAGGUCGAGAAGCUGCGAGAAGUGGUUGAAACCCCUCUGCUCCACCCAGAGAGAUUUGUUAACCUUGGGAUUGAACCUCCGAAAGGUGUGCUGCUGUUUGGCCCCCCGGGCACGGGCAAGACGCUCUGUGCUAGAGCCGUCGGGGAGGGUGCCCGAAUGGUUCGUGAGCUUUUUGAAAUGGCCAGAACGAAAAAAGCCUGCCUUAUUUUCUUUGAUGAAAUUGAUGCCAUUGGAGGGGCUCGGUUUGAUGAUGGCGCUGGGGGAGACAAUGAGGUGCAGAGAACAAUGUUGGAGCUCAUCAACCAGCUGGAUGGUUUUGAUCCUCGAGGCAACAUCAAAGUCCUGAUGGCGACCAACCGACCUGAUACUUUGGAUCCAGCGCUGAUGAAGCCGGGGAGAUUGGACAGAAAAAUUGAGUUUAGCUUACCUGAUUUAGAGGGUCCGCACAUCUUUAAGAUUCACGCUCGCUCAAUGAGUGUUGAAAGAGACAUUAGGUUUGAGCUGCUAGCCCGACUGUGUCCAAUCAGCACUGGAGCAGAGAUUAGGAGCGUGUGUACAGAAGCUGGUAUGUUUGCAAUCCGAGCACGGCGAAAAAUUACUACAGAGAAGGACUUCUUGGAAGCUGUAAAUAAGGUCAUCAAGUCUUACGCCAAAUUCAGCGCCACUCCCGGCUACAUGACAUACAACUGA